GUCGGUGAGGCGGUCGGGCCGUUGAGUCGGGGUGCGGGGCGGCGAGGAGAUGGCCGUGGCGGCCGCGGCUCGCCGGCGAUGGCGGUGGCUUCGAGGCGUCCUGGCGGCGGCGCUGGGGCUCGGAACCACCCGGGUGUUGGCGUUGGAAGUGUUCACCCCGGCGGAGGUCUUCGCGGCCAACGGCACGCAGGUGAAGCUCGAGUGCACCUUCAAAUCUGAAAAUGUGGUCACCAACUCCACCUCGUUCUCCUGGAGCUUCCUGGCAGAGGGCCAGCACUACCCCGUGUCGUUUUUCCACUACUCCCAAGAGAAGGUGUACCUGGGGGAUUACCCCCUCUUCGCGGGCAGGGUCACCUGGGCCGGCAACAUCAACAAGAACGACCUGUCCAUCAACAUAAAGAAAGUCCAGUUCAAGCACAACGGCACCUACAUCUGCGAUGCCAAGAACCCGCCCGACAUCGUGUCCCAGCCGGGCCACAUCCGGCUCCUCGUGGUGAAGAAAGAGAACCUGCCCGAGAAGCAGAAGAACUUCCCCAUCUGGGAGGUGGUGGGCAUAGUGACCGCCGUGGUCCUGGGCUUCACGCUGCUCAUCGUGACCGUCCUGGCCGUCUGCUCCCACAAGAGGAACAAUAAGAGAGAUUACACCGGCCGCAGCACCUCAGAGAGUUUGAUGUCACCGGUUAAGCAGGCUCCGCGGAAAUCUCCCUCCGACACAGAGGGGCUAGUAAACAGCCUGCCCGCUGGAUCGCACCAGGGCCCAGUCAUAUACGCGCAGCUAGACCACUCCGGAGGCCAACACAGCAACAAGAUCAACAAGUCAGAGUCGGUGGUGUACGCCGACAUCCGGAAAAAUUGAGAGCGCCUCCCUCCCCGCCCCUCUCCCCCACCGGACCCCCGAACCCGAGUUCCGGCUGGAAUCGUUCCAAGAGAAGGGGACCCGGAAGACCACCCCGCGGCCUCGGAGACAGAAGCCGGGACCGACGCGGGGGCGAUCCCCGUGGGCCGGAGGGUGAUCCGUGUGUAUGAAUCGUAUUUAUAAAUGUUCUAUUUAACCCAAGCGUCGUUUAGAGGCCGGGGCUGCAAGUCGGGUGACGGGCACUCCGGUUGUAAGUCGUCGGGUCCGUGGGCGUCGGUCAGGCCGGUCGAGGGGCUCUUCCAACCGUCGGCCUCGGGACGCGGGUGGCUCCGUCUCCCCGGAGGGGCCGGGCGGAUCGCGAGCUAUCCGGACGGACGCGGCCCUCGUCUUCCCGAGGGCUCAAGCGGCUUUGGCGGCGGAGAAGGCCCGUGCCGGGCUCGGGUCCUCCCGGUGGAGACGAAACCCCGGCCGCCCACCGGGACCCGACCGGACUCUCCCGGCCCGUUUCCUCUGGAGGCCGGAGCCCCGGCCGUGCCGGCGAGGCGGCCGGGAGGGGCGGGGCGGCCGGGACGGACCCUCGGCGGACACCGGCGUUCUUUCCCUGAGCGCUUCGGGCUCCCGCUGGGGCUGUCGAGAGGCCGGGAUGUGGGCGGCGGGGGCGGGGGCGCGGAGAGAGCGAGAAGGCCAAGCCGGGGGGCUGCGGGAGGCGUGACGGCGACUGGAGAGUCCAGGCCCCGUGCCACAUCUUGCGGAGGGUGCACCCUGGGCGUGGGCUCCGAGACGCCCGCCCCGCCCUCCGGGCCCCCUCCUCCCAUCCAGUCCCCCACCUCACCCGGGCUGGCAUCCCGGCACUGACAGGAAGCGGCCCCUGGGAGCAGGGAUGCUCGUUCCCCGGCCCCGGGGACCCCCCCCCCCCCGCCGGCCUGACCCCCGUCCGGGUCCACGCGGGCCUCAGUGGGGGUCGCCUUGGGGUUGGCCUUGGGCUUCACCCCGCCGAAAGCCCCAGAGACGUGCCCCACUCGAAGCCCCGCGCCUCGCGGGCCCCGGCACUGCGCCCGGCCGGGCAGGACCCCCGCCACCCAGGGGCCUCCCGGCAUCUAUUUCUUUUUCUUCUCCCACGUCAGGUGUACUCUGGAGAAUAUUUUAAUACAUCUUUUUUCCACCGCU